UUCGGCCGAUCGCUAGUACUCGCGCACGCAAAUUCCUUCGUCGUGACGCGUAACACUCCUCACUUUCAUUUUCGUAGAGAGAUAACUUUUUAUCCGGUUGUAAUCAACAACGUAUUGCAGCGUGUAAAUGUAUUACGUGUGUCUCUAGGUUCAUUAUCUCUAGGCUCCUCCCUUUUUCUUGCUACACCUUCGCUCAAACUUCAUUGAAUUAAGCUUUGCGCGAUAUGCGAGAGGAAAAUAGCGUGUGUGACGCUUCCUCGCACCGCAGUGACCUUCCGAGAACCCUUCGAAGACUUCUCGAGAGCAGGACGCCCGCGUGAAUCUCCUCUUUACCCUUCCACGAUUCUUUCUCACCCUCUCUCGAGCUUUUUUCGUCGCGAGCUACUACCCACCGCGACUUCUGCGCGGCCUGCAAUGUGUACAACGACUUUCGGGCUAGCUCAAGCCAUACGCUCUUGACCCGUUCCGCUCGACUCUCUCAAAAGCCUCCCCUACGAUCAUCUCGUUCUUUUUCUCCCUUUUUUUCUUUCUUCCCCCCCCCCCCCUCUCUCUAUCCUUCUUUUUUCACACUUGAACAUUUCACACCUUAAACGACUGACUUUUUAAGGUUUAUAUCGACAUCGACGAACUCCUGAUACUUCUCUCUGUCUCUCUCUCUCUUUCUUCCUCCCCCUCUUUCUCUCUCUAAUUAUCUUCAAUAGGAGAGCUCUUUAAAUUUCGACCAAGCAGAAGAUAAACCUACUCGGACAUCCCCUGAAUUUUUCACGAACGAGAGACAACACGGUGAAGAUUCUUUUUAGAGAAAAGAAGGGAACAACAUUCUUUCUUAUUUUACAAGUACUUUACCAUCACUUCUCAAGAGAAAUGACAUCAUCAAGGAGAGAAGAAAAGUUUCCGGAUUUCUGACGAGUCGUCAAUAGCCUGUAUACAAAAGGAAAAUUUUUGUUUCCUUCUCUUCUCCCAUCUCCCUUGUCUCUUAUACCGCAAAAGUAUAAGCAAGAGCAGACGAAUAAUAGGCACACCCUCGAUAGACAGUCGGAGUCUUUUCUUCUCCUUGUUCUCUUUAUUUUACUUUACGAUUUAAGACUCCUUUCAUCGCGACAAGCGGCCUGGUUUGAUUUACGAGCAGUGUAAUCGAUGAGAGCACCAAACGAUCCUGUUGCGCUUUACAUGCUAUAAGAAAAGAGAGUGAGUGGAACUCUUGAAAAAGAUCGUUGUAACGUCAAUCACGCAAGUUACAAAGGAACGUGAGAUGAAUCGGGCUGCUAUCUCCCACGCUUCCUUUUUCUCUCGGCUUUCGGUAGAACGAUUUGAGAGUGGAACUAACACCCCUAGAAAAAGAUAGUGCGAACUAUCGAGGAACUGUCCUAUCGAGGCUUAAUCUUUUCGAUUUUCGGUUUUAGCAGAGUUUGUACGAAGAAAUGGCUGGAGCUAGCCAGAGUUGAUUCGACAUAUCAAAGAGUCAGUGUUGUCGAGCUUGCACCUUGGUGGUUUAGGGUGGUGGCUUCCCUCGGCCCUUGCCUCCGAACGAUCAGUAGGACAAAGGGAAUAAGGAGGAGCACGAGGUGUCUCGGCCGGGUUCGGCUACUCGAAGGUGGUAUGGCUGCGAGUCCCGUAGAAAGGAGGAACGAGGUCGUUAGCUGUUACGGGAGAGACCAGGAAGGGUCGAGGGAAGUUGGCCGGGCAAAAACAAGCUUACACACCGUCGUCUGCUAACGGCGCGCGCUUCUCAUUCUCCUCGCUCCCUCGUAACUUCGGUUUGAGUCUUCAGUUUGUGUAACACAUAAACGUACCAUGCGUUAUGAUGGUCGAUCGAAGAAACCUCGAUUCCCUUCGUUGGCUUGACAAGCAUAAAGAAUGGAUGAAUCGGUAUUUCAGGCCGGUAAUUGAAAAACCGAAGGUCUUCUAGCCUCCUCUCUAAAGUUUCCACGAGAAGUUGAAGCGGUAACAGAAGGCCCGAGCUUAUCGAAACGGUACUAACGAAACUCGCUAACGAAUUCUCUCUGCGAAGAGUUUUUUUCGAAGAAGAUUCGAGAGAAGUGGAAGGACGAGAUAAAAAAAAUGAAAAAGACCCGAUCGAACGUGUCGCGCUCGAAGGAAGUUUGAACCCAUGCCAAAUGAUACGAGUCUUCGUCCCGAGGUCAUCAUCGAUUAAUUCGUUGGAAAAGGCAGAAACAAACGUUUUCGCAAAAGCGAUUGGAUCAUCAUGGAGAUGGGAAUACUGUGCUCGUCGCGUAUGAAAUCCUAUGGCCGAGGGAACGAGCUCUCCGAGAACGUGCUAUGUACAAUCGAUCGAGCGAUUUUCACAAUCAGGUAAUAUCGUUUGGCUGCUCCGUACAAAGGGACAGAUUUUCACGUAUCCAGAAAAUUCAGAAACGAUAGAUUUUCUCUCGGGGGAACGUAGAAUUGACAUUUCAUUUUAUCGGGAUAUGACAAAGGGAUUACGUUUUAAAAUGCUCGAGUAUAUCAAGGAACGUAACAGCCACAACGAUCGCGGGAUGCCAUAAUCGUUCCGGUAGCUCGUCGUUUGGACAACUUACGAGGCGCUGGGAGAAGAAGAGAUGAAAAGAGAAUAAAGGCGGAACAGUCGCGGCUUCUGAGAAAGCAGUCAUCAUCGAGAGUGAGAAGCGUAAUGCACCAAAUUUAGGUGAAGAGAUGACGGUGAUGCCGUCGACUUCCGAUGUCGCUGACAAAGCAGUUUCAACAAACGAUGGUAGCGGCGGCGUGGAGGUGGCACGUCUCGAAGCCGUCCUCGCUGCUCUGGUGGAAACAAAGGUGGAGGCAAUGAAGGCAUCAUCGACGCUCGGUAGACGUUCUGGCAGUGCCCCAACCAGUCCGCGUCGUCCGAGAUUGACCUCUACCUCCACGGCCUCCUCGUCGCUGAACCAUCAUCAUCAUCAUCACCAACACAGAAGGAAGAGUCAUCAUCAUCACCAUCACCAUCAUCCCCAUCACCAUCAUCAUCGCCGUAGGCGACACGAUUCGGCUCCCUGCGAUUACAUCGAGGAUUCGAUGAGUCAUCAUCAACACAAAUCACAUCAUGGUAAAGGAAGGCGAAGAGCUUCGGAGAGUCCACGAAGUCCACGGAAGAAACGCAGGCAUUCGAAGAGUCCUCGUGUUCUUCAAAGUGCCCUGCCGGAUAUUCAAGCCGGUCUCGAAGCGCGUCUCGAACUCCUUGACAUGAACGGCGAGCAAGAUCUGGCAUUGAUAAACUUUGAAAGGACAAGAGAGGCUCUUAGCGACUCCUGCGAGUAUCCGCGGCUGCACCGAAGUGCCUGCUACUUUUCCCAAAGCACAGCUCAAUUGAAGAUUCACUACGACGAGGACGAGGACUACUUGGCUCUGAACAUAGCCGACGAGUUGGAAGAGGAAGAAACUUUCAGCGGUCCUGAAAGGAUUGAGGAGCCCAGAGAAACUUAUCACAGGCCACGAAAAAAGCGGAAACGAAAGCGCCGGCGAAUCGAAUCCGUCGGACCCGAGGAAGAAAUUGUUGAUCCGGAGGAACUACCACCUCGAGCGAGGUGGACGAUAGUUGCCACGGCUUGCCUACUUUUGGCUAUGUCCUUGCUUCUGGUCGGUGUCACCCUCAGAAUGGCACCGAUCAUCGACGACAUGGGAGAUGGAAGAAGAGCAAGCGUGUCGAAGAAGAACAGAACACGCAGAAGUGGGACAACGCGACGAAAGGAUUCGGUUCGUCCUGCCAGAACCGAAGCCAAAGACGCAAGAAAAGUCCUGGAAGAAGAACAGGAGAACGAGCAGUCGAGACGUCAUCGUAGAGUAGCCAUGAUCGUCCUGGGAACGUUCUUGUUUCUUUUGGCCGCCUCGAUUCUCGUAGUCGUCGUCACUUUGACUCAUAGUUCUUUUCUCAGCCCUCCUGCAGGCUCCAAGGAGUUAAUCAAACAUCGUGCUCAACUUCGCAAAGAGAACGAAGAGCUGCUAAACUCCCUGAACAGGGAAUAUGUGCCAGUUAACGCAACGGCAUCUCCCUGAGGGCUACGAUCUCCAAGACGAAGGAUGUACCCUGUUUGCUUCCGGAGCUUUUCAACCAACGCCACGCUCCGUCGAGAAAUUCGACCAAGAUUUUUCAGUGAAGAUACGUUCAAAAUACGUAUAUUUUAAACGGCCGUAGGCCUUCCUCGUUUCGAGUAACGACCAAUGAACGUUUUCUCACGUCUUUCUUCCGAUACCUCUACUCUACGAUUUCUCUAUCUUUGUCAUACCUUCUUCAAAGAGAAAUCCCAUGCAAAGUUUAAUUAUUGAAAUCGUUGGUAAUGCCAGGUAAUAUUGGUCGAUUUCAUGGAUAGUUAGUUAGCAAGUUCUCUAAUUAGCUUUACUUAACUAGACCCAACAUCGAAAUAUUGUUUUCAAAGUACUGUUUGAGUUGCAGCAUUAAGUAACACGUUAUCGAUAGUUAAUAGUGCAAUCAGCAUGAAAGGAGGAAACUUUGAAUUGGUCGAUUUCACGAAGUCGAAGAAGGAAUCAACAACGGAGAUAUAUAUAUAUAUAUAUAUUUCAAGUUGUUGCUAAUAUUUAUCGACGACGUUAAAUGUCGUUCCUGUGAGAACGCACAGGUAUUAUUGGCAGUGACUACUGCUUGUUGUGAUCUACAAAUUUUGGAUCGUUAUUGUUGUUGGUACAGCGAAUGUCGAUAAGGUCCUUGCACUUUCUAAAUUUUCUCGACGAAUUCCACUUCGUGGACUGUUUUAUAAUCCUUGUUUCAGAAAGAAUUCGCAAAGACACGACUCGACAAUCGUUCGCAUACCGAAUGCCGACAACGAAAGAAAUAGUUAAACUCUAGUCACGAGGAUCGCUGUUGAGAGUCAUUCGAGAUAAAAAGGAUCGAGAGAACGAAUAUUUCGAACGAGAAUGUUUCUGAUAAAUUAAUCGACGUGAAAAGAAGUUCCAGUCUCGAUCCUUCUAUCCUUGGAUGCGUUCUUGGUUAGAUUUUAUCGAUCGAUCAAUAGCUUCACUUACGAUAUAUAGAGAGCCAUGUAAAUACAAUGUUCAUUAUUAUCUGUCGAUCGUAAGAAUUACAAAGAAUAAGAAGAAAAAACUAACGACGAGGACAAAGAGCCAAAAUUAUUGUUGUCAAUUGUUUGUAUGAUAUAAAAUUAUUAUUAUUGUCUUUUAAAGAAUAUACGAUCGCGUAUAUCAAGAUUUAGCCUGUAUAACGUUAGCAAUUAAGAAAGGAUCGCAAGCGAUCGAGUUACAGCUCCUUUUUUUAACGAUUCGAUUCUUCGCCGGAUCGAUCGAUCUCGAACACGAAAUUGAAUUGGUUUUUGUGACACAACGGGUAUGUACCAAAGCAGAGAUAUUCGCAAUUAUUAAUCGACAUCGCUUCGUUACAAACUCAGAAAGUUCUUUAUCGGCAUGUUAAUCGAUCAUUCGUUUUUGAAGUAAAUAAAAAAAAAAUCUCGUCAGAAAAAAGAAAAAGCAUUCUUCACAGGUGGCAGGUAUUUUGUUAAAUCGUAGCGUUUCGACAGCUUACUCGAAUCUCUACAAAAUUAAUCUUUGCCUCGUGUCAAAAAUUAUUAGCAUCGAUUGAAAGGAGAGAGAGAGAGAGAGAAAGAGAGUAAUUGCAAAAAUAUGAGUAAUUACUCUUUAAAACGGAAGGUUAACUUCUGAAUACCAUUAUUUUACACUAUACUCGAUUGAACGAUGGAUGAAUGAACGGGGAUUGGAUCAGGCAUGUUAAUUAAUUGGCCAAGAUAAUUAGUAGUGCAGACUGCACGCGUUCAAAGGAAGACUAUGAUGAUCUACGAGCGACGUUCGUCAAACGCGAAUGUCUUGCGUUUGUAUUUUAUUCUUUUUUUUUGGUCAAUUGUUAACAAUGUAAUCCGAAAUGUACCGAUUGGAUGUUGUAAGAUCUGAUUUAAUGAGACAAAGGAAAGAAAAAAAAGAGAGAAAGAUACACACAUUUUCUUUCUUUUCUUUUCCUUUUCGAUUAUAUCUUCAAGAAAUCUUAGAAAAUCUUUCGAAAGCUUUCGUUUUCUCUCUUUCCUUUUGGACACUAUUCACGCUAUGUAAAAGAUAACAAACAAUGUAUCCUUUAACUUCGUGACUGUAGUUAAUCUCAUAAAUUGAUUGGCCUAACGUGAAAAGAGAAUAAUUUUUUAUUUUUUUUCUAUUUUUAAGGAAAAAGAUAAGGAAAAGAAAUGAAGUAAAGACAAGAUAUAUACCGUACAAUCGUAACUUUAUACGAAUUCUAAAUUAAGAUCUGUAACUUUCAUUGGGUGUGUUCACCGUAGUGACGUAGACUGCCUUCACUCUCGAUUUUAACGUUCUCUGUUAAACGUUACAAACGUGUAAGGAAGGAAUCGAGGAGUAAAAGAGAAAAAAAAAAGCAAGAGAAUCUUGUACGCUCUACUUAAAAAUAUUUUAAAGACAUAAAUCGGCUUCACAUAAUUAUAAUUAUAAUAAUAAUAAUAAUAUUAUUAAAGUGAAGUUAAUGAUAAUGAGAUAGUAAUGGUAAUAGCGAUAAUGAUAGUAAUAAUAUUAACACAAUAAUAAAAAGAAGAACAAAUAAGAAUAACAAUAAUAUUAAUUGAUAACGAUCAAUGCUUUUAUGUGCAACUUUGGCAAGCGAUUUAACGAGCACACUUUUUAAGGGAAAUUUUGAUGAGUGCACUCUGGCCUCUAUGUCCGAUAAAUCAUCUUCGAUUACGAGAGAAAUGAAGUCGAGGAUAGUAAAGUCUUACAUUAUAAUCUACUGUAGUGAGAGAAUUCCUUUCACCAAGAUAUUUAUAAUAGUACUAUAGAAUAAAUAAAACAUUGAAGCGUCCGAUGAGAAAUAAAAAGCAAAGAGUAUAUGUGGCAGAUAUGUACGAUAAGUAAAAGGCGAAAUGUUUUUUCUUGACAAUCACAGUCCAAAAUAAUUGAGCGUCUGUUUGUGUGUACUGUGUUCGUAUGUGUGUUCGUAGGUACUUUGUGGAAAUGUUUUUAAGGGACGUUCGAGAGAAGAAGGUAACUUAAAACUUAGAUGCCUGUCUUUACUACGUCCCUUUAUAUAAUAUCGAGAACGAAACAAUAGCCAAAUUCUGAGCUUCCUUCACUUUCGUCUUCCCAUAUCGAAUGGAUUAGAAUUCUAUGCUUACUUGUAUGAAAAAAUAAUCGAUACGUUUCAAAUCGCUUCGAACGAGCAGAAAAGAGAAAUAUUUUGCAAAGUUAUUCUAAUAUUUAAAAGGCAUUAACUCUUUUCAACUAUUCUCUAUUUCGCCCAAUCUUAGGAAGAAUUUGUUUCUUAUUUUCUUUCGCAGUUAGAGAUCAUAUAUUUUGUAGAAAUUUCGUCGGCGAUGAACGAACGUUUUAAUAGCGAUUAGCAUGAAAGAAAUGCUUUUCCAGGGAGGUACGUACCCAGUCGUGAAUGAAAUAAGAAAUAAUCUAAUCGUGAGAGGAAGAGAAAGAGUGAAAUUAAAAGCAAGAUCGCUCGAGUGGGAGUAAGUUCCAGAGGCAUAAUAAAACAAAAAAAAAAAACACAAAAAAUAAAAAAAAAGAAAAAUAAAAAAUACAUGAAAAAUUUUAAUAAUAACUUCGAAUAAAACAAUGGUGUGUAUAAUAAAUGACGUUGUGAAAUGUUAAUGAGUGAAAUAUUAAAAUUUAUGUUUCUAUAUUGUAAUAACAUUUAUGUAUAACGGUUAUUAUAAUGCAAGAAUAUAAAUAUUAAUUGUCCAGUU